AUGUCGAAAAACGGUGGGGAUUGCGUUGUAAGCGGCUUGGAAAAUACGAAACAAAGUUUCAAUACUCAUUCUACGGAAAAAGAGCCGCCCAGGUCAAAGUUAGGGUAUGAAGACGAUAUAAGUGAGAUUGUGGUGGGAAUCAAACGUCUUUUGGCAGGGCAUGACAAUCUGAACGCACAGGUGCAACGCAUGGACUCGAAGGUCGCCCAGACACAGAUAGAUCUCGAGGGGUUGGUGUCCCGCAGUGCCAACAACAACAAGCACUUGCAACACCUGCUGUUGUCAAAAAAAGAGGUUCAGAAACGCGGAGAUGUAGUCCAAGAGAAUUCAAAGUCGUUUACGGCGGCUGAAAACGGGGGAGAAAGCUUUCUUGAGGUUCAAAGGUUGCGCCAGGAAUUGGAUCUCUACAAGCAACAAAAUGGGCAGUUGAUGGAGCUGAACACACAGAUUUCCCAAAAACAGGCCAUUGUCAGCGAACUAGAAACACAACACAGACUUGUGGUAGCUCGGCUUACAGAAGCGCAACGAGAAUUUGAGAUUCUGCGACAAGAUCACAAGAUUCUGGUCGAACAACUGGACCACGCGUUACUGGAGAAAUGCAAAGCCGUGGAGAAUAACCUUGCCAUAUCGGGGGCCGCUUUUAUGCCCUCAAAGGCUUCAGUGUCGACCGCCUUGCCGAUGACAAAAAUGAACCGCAUCACGUCCAUGCUACGCCAAAAACAGCCCAAUGGGAGAAGAGUGGUCUCUUUGAAUGUUGCUGAUAGCAUGCGUUCUGAUGAGCCCUCCAACAACUCCGAUGAUAACGGAGAAGAAGACAAGCCCGAAGAAGACAACGCUGAAAACGACGCCGAAGACGACUAA